AUGAACGAUAUCGGUACCGUGAACUCGGAAAACACAUCAACUGGUGCAAGCAUCGCCGAUGGCUCUUCCCAAUCGGAUCUGUCCCUUAAGGAACUUGGGACUGCUCUCGAUCAACGUGCCACUACCCCCAUCCAGUCUACAGACAAGGAUCCACACCAACCAUCAAUGACUCAAGAUGAAAUACGUGAAUACUAUAGACAAUUCCGGAUUGCCACGCCCGGAUUUUCGGUCAAGUACAGUACCGGAGAUGGCACUAAGCUGGGAGAUAUCCUUGAUAGUAUCGUGUAUGAAGCAAGUGAAGAUGAAUGUCAUUGGAGAUCUACUCAAGAAUUUGAUCAAGACAUUUAUGACGCAGGUGGUACCAUCGAAGUGGAUGGGCAAAAGUACGAGAAAAGAACUCUAACUAAUAGCGAGCUUGACGUUUCUCGAUUGGCUUAUCUCACUCGUACUGACAAGAAGAUGAUUGAAGGAACCAGCCCCGAAAGUUGGAGCACUCUGUCUGGAUAUCCUAUCAACACGUUUGAUGAGCACCACGAGUUUCUCCGCAAGAAGGAUGCCAGCGCCAAUACCGAAUUGUGGGUAAAUAUGAAUGGGUGGGAGCUGGAGCCCGCAGCCUCCCAUGUCAAAGAGGCAGGACACGCCAACAUUGCCGAUGGUCCUGGCCCUUCUGCCUGA